UCCGUGUUCCUACUACACGAACCAGAACAAAAGUAGAACCCUAGCUGCCUUCCUCGUUCAGGUUUAUUCCACACGAAACUCAAUCUCGUUUACGAAAGAAGCACCUAGUAGAUUUUCAAUCAAUCAAUCAAUCUGCUUCCAUGGCUAGUAGAAUAAUUGCGCAGUUCAUUGUGAUGGGUUCUGGGAUAUUGGGCCGUGCUGUCUUUCAAGCCUAUCGUCAAGCCAUUGCAAAUGCGUCAAAAACUGGCGUUGCGCAGGAAGCAAUGCAGAAUGCAGUACGCAAAGCAGGAAAGGCCAUUAAUGAGCAAGAAGCUAGGCAAAUUCUCGGUGUAACCGAGAAGACCUCUUGGGAAGAGAUAUUACAGAAAUACGACAAGCUGUUUGAGAACAACGCGAAAGCUGGAAGCUUUUACCUUCAAUCUAAAGUACUUCGAGCCAAAGAAUGUCUUGAAGUUGUGUACAAGACCAAAGCUACCUAGUUAAAGACUUUUAAUCUUCUUUAUUUUCUUAUAGAAUUCAUUUUGUUUGCUCGUUUUAUGUAAAAUCCAAGACGAUGUUUACCAGUUCUUGCCAUAGUUUUCGGUUACCUCUUACUUAGUAAUAACGAAGGGGGCUUGCUCUGUUUAGUUGUGUGAUCGGUGUCAAAGAACCUCGUAAGAUUUGAAACUGAGAUAAAUCUACAGUUUGUUAUGAGAGC